AUGCUUCUAGCUGUCGAGUGGCGCCUCACAAAAGCUUUGGACGCGAGGAUGCGAGAAGCUUUUCUUGCUUUGCGUGAAGUCAUCAAGGGGAAUUUGACAGAUUACUGCGACAACGCUCACAUGCAGCCCUCUGGCCUUAUCGGUGUAUGGUCUACGGAUUUUGUCCGCGAGCAAGAGUCGGCGCUUUCCUUGUCGCUUAUUCUCAAGGACCAGUCUGUCAGCGAAGCGGCCAUGAAGGCUUUGCGCUCGUAUAGGGCUGUCGACAAAACCCUUCAAUCAGUACGCCGUGCUGACGCACAUGCUGUCGGCAUGCUUUUGUUGGGUAUUGAGAGGCAGGCCCUGGGUAUGCAGCAGACCGUGCCUCAUUAUCCCGAAGAUAUGCCAGAACAACCUGCUGCCGUUCUCGCACUCAUCGAUCGGCUUUCGGAGAAUCUACGUGUGUGA